UGACCAGUUCUGUUCAGCCGGCCAAUCAUGGAAAGCGCUAAUUGUUGCAGAGAGGAGAAAAAAGUAGUUUGCCCUCAUUGGCUACCACAAUUUCAGAGAGAUGUCAUCUUUAAACAGGGCUUUCUACCUUCUCUGUCUGCUCUUAGGAGAAAUGACUCUAAUCACCGCAACAGUUGACCAACAAAACGUCAGAUUAAUCUCAGCUAUUGUUGGUGAAGACUUGACUUUGGCGUGUGUGGUGGACCACAGUGACGUACAGUUUUUCUGGUAUAGGCAAAGACUGGGUCGGAAGCCGCAAAUCAUCUGUUCCGUAUAUUCGUUCCAAGAAGUGGCAAAAUUUCACCAUGAAUUUAAGGACAAUCCACGAUUUAGAUUAGAAAAGAAAGAUGAUCAGAUGAACCUUCGUAUUGCAGAUGCUCAACCAACAGACUCAGCAACUUACUUCUGUAUGAGUGGUCGGGAUGUGGUGAUGGAAUUCAAGGAGGCCAUCACUGUGAGAGUGGAGAAGUCAAGGUUGACCGUUCACUCUGUGGUCCAUCAGCCACAGUUUGAGAACUUCCAGCCAGGAGGCUCGGUGAAUCUUAGCUGUACAGUUCACCCUGGCAGCUGUGAUGGAGAACACAGUGUUUACUGGUUCCUCAGCUCUGGAGAACAUCAGCCAGGACUCCUUUACACCAGUGGAGGCAGGAGUGAUCAGUGUGAGAAGAAACCAAACACACAAACACACACCUGUGUCUACAACCUUCCACUGAACAUCUCUAAUUCUGGAACCUACUACUGUGCUGUGGCCUCAUGUGGACACAUACUGUUUGGAAAAGGAACUAAAGUGGAGUCUCAAGCAGACGAAGUGAACUUGACGUAUUUAAUGUACGCAGCUUUGACCUUCACCUCCAUCCUCAGUGUUUUUCUGUCUGUGUUACUGGUUAAGAGGAACAAAGAGAACUGCUGCAAGUGUUCAGAUUCAACCAGAGAAAUAUCAGCUCCCUCCACAACAAAUGAAGAGGGCUACGGAGAUGAAGAAAACCUCCAUUAUGCUGCUUUAAGUGUCCACAACAGAACCAGACGACGGAUGGACAAUGUGGAGAAUGACUGUGUGUACUCCAGUGUACGACAUUAGCUCUGUAUUAGUUCUCUGAUGACUCAGCCACUGUUGGCUGCGUACGAGAUCAACAACAUCAAAACCAAGGAGAUGAUUAUCCAAUUCUUCAGGAAAACACACACCACCCCACACCACCAUAGUGAACAUCCAGGGUUUGGACAUUGAACUCGUAGAGGAUUAUAAAUAUCUGGGUGUUCACCUUAACAACAAACUGGACUGGUCAACACACACAGUCGUACAUAUAAUUAUGUACAUUCAGUACCACGCAAAGUGUUGUUAUAGAGUUUAGGAAAUCCCCUUUUUGUUUAUAUGCAACACACAGUUGUACAUCUAGAUUUCUACAGCAUUUGUCACACUGAUGGCCACACUAUCUGACAUGAUAUGACAUCUGAUAUGACAUCUUCCUCUACCACAGACUCACUUCAGGUCUGUGAAUCAGAUCCACCUAACAAACCGGUGUACCACAGAGAAUGUAGAAACUGCAGCACUGGAAAAAACAGCUUAAAGAGCUGUGGUUAAAUUUACUGCAAUCACUGAUGUAACAGGAAGGCAGUGGUGGACGAAGUUCACCAACUAUGUACUAUGUAAUAGUGCCCCAGUAAAAUGGAAAGUAUUCUCUUUGAAUUUCCAAUUGAGUUAAAGUUCAAAAGUAUUUGCCUUUAAUUAAGUAUUAAAAGUAAAAGUACAUUAGUCAAUUAUGGUUGUAAUGGCAUUUUAUUAUUUUCACAUCAAAGCUUCUGCUCAGUGAACUGAUUUAAGGUGAAAACACUAACUACCACUCCUUCCAAUAGUGUCUUAUAUUUGUCUUUUUAAAAGAUUGUAAGCAUGAAACAUUGAGUCCUACCGACAAAUCAAGACAAAUAAAUGACUCACCGAACACAAUGCAGACAACGUAGAUUACAUUUAAAGUAAAGCACUUAAAGUCUGUUGCUAGUCAUCAAACCAACCAGAACAAAAAACAAUUCCAUCUUUGUGUUUCCCUAAAUAGGGAUAAAUCUUGAAAAAAUGAAACUGUAUUGUGCUCAGGCAGGCAGAGAAAUACAAAUAAAAUUUCUUAAUAAAA